CUUCCCCUCCUUGAUUCAGUCGCCCUCCGAACGUCGGAGGAGCAGGAUUGACACGGUUGUCGCGUAGGCUUCUUCUCCUCGUCCCUGUGAAAAAAAAUACAACCUUACUCCAAGCUAAAGUGAUUGUGUCUCUACCGGUGGCUUAUCUCCCUGUCCGAAUUGUGCCAAGUGGUUUAUCAUGAGGGACAUGGCUGGUAAAAUGGCCGAAUUAAAGUUUGAAGCACCCCUGGCUCGCUUCGAAGAGGAGGAGACGUCCAGCCUCAAGAAUAUCAACUUGCUGACAGAGCAACUAUUGGACGCGAGUCUUGAGGCGAAUUUUGGCGAAAAUCGUAACGCCAACGAGACCGGAACCACCCGUGGCAACGGUGUUGAUAUUCUCCAGGAAGGAACGUUCAGUCCGUUCAGCGGCAGUCUCGAGGAUCUCGUUAAUACAUUCGACGAAAAAAUCACAUCGUGCUUUCGAGAUUACGGCACCGAUGUCGAGUCCCUCGCCCCGGUCCAAGUACGAACGCAAGAGGAGAUCAUGAACGAAUGCCAAAUGUGGUGGACAAUCACCGGAAAUUUUGGAAACAUUUUGCCAAUUGAUUGGAGUAAAUCUUAUGCAAGAAAACUGCACAUGCCUGCAUUAAAUCUAAACGAGGCACCUGUUUCACUUGAGAGACAGGAGCUUGAGGACUUGAGCAGCGAAGACGAGGCUGUAGCCACAGAUCUGGAUAUGCAUGCCCUGAUUUUAUCUAGUAGCACUGACACGCACAGCCCUGAGGAGCCACUAAAAACUGCAGAAGAAGUACUCAGAGAAAUCGAUGACAUCAUGCAGGAAAGUCCGUCAAUGGAACGGUCUGCUGACUCCGAAGGAUCUUUACUGGAUGUGGAUGAAACUUUGGAAAGAAGUAAGGAGGUUCUAGGAUCACCACUCUACGAAGAAAAACUGCGUCAGCUGUCAACUGGCCAAUUAACAGAGCUUCUCGGUGAAAUGGAAUCCUUGGUCGGAGCGCUCAGCGAAACUUUAAUAGCUGAGUUGGCAUUGAGAGAUGAGUUGGAGUAUGAAAAGGAGCUUAAAAACCAAUUUAUUUCAUUGCUUCUCGCUGUUCAAAAUCGGCGUAGACAUCACCACGUGACAAAGAAGAGAAACCAAAUACAAAAUAGUAAUAGUCCUUUGCCGCAGCAUAGAUCCAUACAAGAUUCCAAGUAUUUGACAACAGUGAUACCUUAUCACAUGGAUAGUGGCCCACCUGAUAAUCAAGCUUUACAAGUCCUCAUUAAGAUAUUAAAGGCUAUUAAUGAGGAUAGUCCAACGGUGCCCACAUUAUUAACGGACUACAUAUUGAAAGUUCUGUGCCCCACCUAGUGAUCCACUAGUACAUAUCCUCCGACGUGACAUCGCUGUGCUA